AGUUCAAUCACAUUUCUCCCUAUCUAUAUAUAUACACUACUAGAAGAAUUCAACCAAAAAAUAAGAAGAAAAACAUUCAUAUCUAUCAACUUGAAAUUCUUGAUUGAAAACAUUCUCAUCUUCUCAAACUAAAACCCCCAAAACUCUCAAACAAACAAACAAAAAGCAGCAUGAAUCACAACUCUUCACCUAGUGAAAGCCAAGGCAGCGUCCAUCUCCACAUUUUUGAGCUCAGCAACACCCCAACCACCAGCCUCGACACGAAAGCCAGCAGCGCCACCGACGCCUCCUCCUCCCUUUCCUCAGCCCGGGCCCCGGAGAAGCAGCUGACCCUCUUCGCCCUCCGCCUGGCCGUGCUGGAAAAAACCGCCUCUGGUAUCGGCACGCUCGGCUUCAUCUGGGCCACCGUAGUCCUCCUUGGCGGCUUUGCCAUUACCCUCGACAAGACCGACUUCUGGUUCAUCACCAUCAUCCUCCUCAUCGAGGGCACCCGCAUCUUCAGCCGCAGCCACGAGCUCGAGCUUCAGCACCAAGCCACAUGGUCCAUCACCGAAGCCGGCAUUUCCACCUUCCGAGCCAUCAAGACCGCCUUCUCGUCAUCAAGAACCGCCAAGCAUCACGCAACAAGGCAGCUACGAACCAAUUGGGGGGAGAAACGGCCCCCCACGCGGACGUGGACGAGCUCGGAGGUGCCGUUGCUCUCGUACGGGAAAUGGAUGUUUAUAUCAACAAAUGUCAGCAGAGUCCUCCACUGGCUGCAGCUCGCUUCUGCUGUAUCGUGCGUGGUUCUGUCGAUGAUCAAGCUCGUCCACCGUGAUUUUGGAGACAUGGAGAAGGACAAUUCCGAUAAAAGGAACCGGGAAUCGGCCUUGAUCAUAUUCUACUCUUUAUCCCUUUCUGAAGCUCUGCUGUUUCUGCUCGAGAAAGCCUAUUGGGAAUGGAAGCUCACCUUCGAUUCUUUGUUGGAAAUUGUUAACAAAGAGUGUGAGUUGGGAGAUUCCGGUCUGAUUUCGAUCCGGAGAUUCUUUUACGACGCAUAUUCAAAAUGUGUCAACGGGAGUGUCUUCGAUGGAUUGAAAAUGGACAUGGUCUCCUUCGCCAUGGAGCUUCUAAGCUCUAACUCAUCCGAUGAGAAUCUCAUCGGGGCGAGGAUCUUGAGGAGAUUCGCGACCAGCUCGCGGUUCUCCCAAGAUACCCUGCAGAAAAUCGGGAUCAAUCUACCUGUGGUGGAGAGGCUGGUGGAGAUGUUAAACUGGAAGGAUGAAGAAGAGGAAGAGAUCAGAUACUCUGCUGCAGAGAUCUUGUCUGAGCUAGCUAGCAAGAAGCAUAACUCUCAGAGGAUUGCCGGGAUUGCAGGGGCGCUCGAGUCUAUCUCUUGCUUGCUGCAUCGUUCACGCGGCCAUGGACGCGUAAGCGAUCAGAUAUCCGAGAAGAAGAAAAAGAGAGGUCAGGGCCAUGGCCGGCCGUGGUCGUUCAACAAUGUAGGACUCGAGAUCUUGAAGAAGCUAGCUCGUGAUCACGACAUAUGUGGCAAGAUCGGCAACACUAAAGGGCUGCUGCCAAAGAUCAUAGACUUCGCCCACGCGGACGAGAGCCUGCUGAGGGGGCCUUCGUCAGAGACUGCCACGGUGAAGCUGUCCAUGCAGGUGCUGAAGAUGCUGGCGAGCACGGCUGGGGCGGCCGGGAGGCAGCUGAGGAGGGAGAUCUCCGAGAUUGUUUUGACGAUUGGUUACAUCAGAGAUGUGUUGAGGUAUGGAGACAGGCAUCCUGAGCUUCAGAUUCUGGGGAUUGAGAUAUUGACUAGCUUGGCGAUUGAGGAGGAAGCGACGGAGAGGAUCGGAGCCACCGGAGGGGUUGUGAAGGAGCUGUUUAGGAUCUUUUUCAACGACAGCAUACCAGAGGAGCAGCAGCAUGUUCGUGCUGCUGCAGGCGAGGCUCUCGCGAUGCUGGCAUUGGAGAGUGACAGCACCUGCAGGGGUAUACUGAAGCUCGACCUCAACGAGCGUCUCGUCACGGCAGUGGAGACGCCGCUACUUCGGGUUAAUGCAGCCAGGAUUCUCAGAAAUCUCUUUGCUUUUAGUGGAGAUGACUGCUUUCACCACCUCAAGAGCCUCACUGCUGCUGCACCAACUAUUCUUGAAGCCAUCAUGAGAGAGGAGGGGAAGCUUCUGGAGGUGAUGAUUGGAGCAGCAUCAUACAUGUUCAAGUUCAUGGAUCAUCAAGAAUCAAGAAGCAUGUUCAAGAGAGUUGGGAUUAGAGAGAUGGACCUUCCGAAUCGGCUGUUCUUGAUCCUGAGCAAGUAUCAGCAGCCAUGUAUCAAGGUUCCCAGCAUGAGAAGGUACACCAUAGAGCUGGCCAUCUGGCUGAUGAAAGAGGAGAGAGAGAACGUGAGGGCCUUCCGAGGUCUGGGGAUGGCUAGGGAGCUCGAGUCCGUCACAGAGACAACGUCGGAGCUCGAGAGCUUCAACAUUUUCUCUGGAACAGUUGGGCUCUGCAGGCAUAAAGUGACCAUGCUUGCACUUGUUGAAGCUGCAAUGAAGCUGUUAGAGGGGUGACUACAAUACAAGAGCAUUUUUUCAUUCUUGAUAUUUAUGUGUAUGUAUAAUUAUAUAUAAUGUAUAACAAUUAUUUCAAGAUCAAUUAGAAGUUAAACAAAUUUGCAUCA